UUCUGUCAUAGCGCGCUGGCUCCACGACACCUGGAAAGGUCUAGCGGGGUGGAGUGAAGGUGGAUCGUGGAUCGUCCUGAUCCAGGACGAUGAAGAAGGGGCAAUCAUGGAAUUUUUCGGCCAGCUCUGAAUACAGCUUGGCGAGAUUUGAGGCUACUGCUUUGGAAAGUGGUAAAGCUGAUGCAGAAUUGGCAAAUUCUGUGUCCUCCGCUUCUACUGGAAGACCUUCAAAGCUACAUUACAAUCAUCAGAGAAAUGGCAAGAAGCCCGGCGAGACUAAUGAAUGGGACUUCUUGAAGACGAUCCAACAAGAGCCGGCGGGUAAAGUUUUGUCUGACGGUACACUCAGCAUGAAGGCGUGGAGUCUGCAGCUGAAUGAGAUGGAGCAAGCUUUGAUCUCUACUUAGCUGCCCCACAAGUGCUCCAGUUCCUCGCUGGUGUUUCUAGCUAUCCUGAGAUCGUUACUCCCUUUUUGUUUAAACUCAGUGUUACUCCUGUUGGGGCGUUCUCUUCUGGCUGUAAGCUGGUGCUUAACUCGGGUUGUUGGUUGGUGCCAACAUCGAAAAACUGUAACGCACUGUUCUUUGUGGUCUUAAUGAAAGGCAGGGGCUGAGCCCUAGAACUCUAAAAAAAAGUGUGCAUCAUGCAUGGCUAAUUGGUGGCUCAUGAUUGGCUUCUCCGUCCACAAGAUAUACAG